AUGGAGGAGAAGAAGGCGAACUCGCUGAGCUGCCCAGUUUGUUCAGCAUUGCAUAUUCCACAGAAACAGAACUUGAAAAAUGGCAUUUUUAUGGGCACCUGUCAAUCCUGUGGACAUUUCUUCAAGUUCAGGUGUAGCAACAGUGUGGAGUCCAGCAUUACAAUUACUGUUAACGGAAAAUCUUACUCGGUUGGAAGUGAGUACUCUGGGUCCACAACAUUGAAUUCCUUCUUGAGAGAUUCCAGAAUUUCCACAGGAACCAAGUAUAUGUGCAAGGAAGGGGGGUGUGGGACAUGUCUCGUGCAAGCUAAAUUGUAUGAACCAAUAACGAUGGAAAAACAAUCCUACGCCGUGAAUUCAUGCCUGGUGCCGCUGUUCUCCUGUGACGGGUGGGAGGUGACCACUAUUGAGGGCGUGGAUUCCACCAGUGUUCAGGCGGUCCCUAAACGCCUCGCCCAGUAUAAUGGCAGUCAGUGUGGCUUCUGUAGCCCCGGACAAGUCAUGAAUAUUCACGCACUUCUUGAUUACCACGGUGGAGCAGUCACAAAGCAGAUGGUUGAAGAUGCCUCAGAUUCUGUUAUAUGUCGAUGUACUGGUUUCAGGCCUAUUUUGGAUGCUAUGAAGUCAUUUGCAGAAGAUGUUCCUGAUAUAGAGGAUGUACACACAAAACGCUGUGAUCGGACCGGUCAGACCUGUACAGGAAGUUGUCACAAACAGAGCUCACAGCUAGCCUUAAAAGAUGCCCAGUGGUUCAAGCCUUCCACUGUACCAGAUCUCAUCAAAAUGAUAAAGGACAACAAGGGCAAAAACUACAGGCUGGUGUUUGGAAACACAGGUUUUGGAGUGUACAAGGAAUUAGAUCCGAAGAAUUUUGACGUACUUAUUGACCUUCGAGGGGUGACUGAGUUGUAUGGAAUUGACUUUGAUCCUACCAUAGUUCUGGGCUCUGGCUUGUCCCUGAGUCAGCUGUAUGACGUAUUAUAUCGAGGGUCAAAUGAACCACAGUUUGGAUAUUUCAAAGAGAUGUGUAAGAUUAUAUCAAAAGUGGCCACCUCAUCUGUUAGAAAUCUUGGAACUUGGGCAGGAAACUUGAUGUUGAAACACAAACAUCCAGAAUUUCAGUCAGAUAUAUACACCAUGCUAGAAGCUGUCAGAGCCCAGCUCAAUAUUGUUCUGAAUGGUGAAACAAGGGUGAUUCCAGUCUCUGAGUUCUUAAGUCAGGACAUGACAGACAGUGUUAUAGUGGCCAUGUUCCUGAAUGCCGUCCCUGACAGCCACCACAUAAGGGUUUAUAAAGUCAACAAACGCACACAGAGUGCCCAUUCUGAUGUCAAUGCUGGGAUGAACUUUGAUAUUGAUGUAACCCAGAAUUUCAGGGUUAAAAGUCAACCUACCAUUGUAUUUGGGGGGAUCAGCAAAAGCUUUGUACAUGCUACAAAGACUGAAGAAUAUCUGGUUGGAAAAGCACUUGGUGAUCAAAAUACACUUAUAGGUAAAUAAUGUUGAAUGAAACCAACAUUUAAUGUGAGUCUGAGU